UAUAAAAAAAAUCCUCCAGCGAAUUUAUGAUCUAUGUUUCUCUCUCCACGUUCAUUCUAGACUGCAAAGAUUCAAUCUGUAGCUCGAUCCUACCUUCGAAUUUCUCGACGCGGUACUUGAAGUCAGUGUAGUGUAUGACGAUGGCGGAUUUAGAAAAUUUGCUGCUUGAGGCAGCGGGAAGGACUGGGAAAUCAGGAAGAAACAGGAAUUCAUUACCUCCAUCAAGGAGGCGAAAACAGGAGGGUUCAUAUUCGGAUGGUGGAAGUGAUUCUAGGGAUGAUGGUUCAGAUGACGAUCGUGGGUAUGCAAGUAGGAAGCCAUCUGGUUCUCAAGUGCCUUUGAAGAAGAGACUGGAAACUAAUGAGAGGGAUGAUGAGGGGGGUGGUCAGGAAGAAGGUGAUUAUGAUGAUGGUGGUUCGUAUCGUGAGGGUGAGAGUAGUGAUGCAUCGGAUAUUGGUGAUGAUCUUUACAAAGACGAGGAUGAUCGGCAGAAGCUUGCUCAGAUGAGUGAACUUGACAGGGAGUUGAUAUUGGCAGACCGGGCAGACAAGAAAGGGGAUAAACAUUUGACUGAGAAAAUCAGAUCAAAAAGGGAUAAUGAUAAACCAACCCGAUCUAGAAAAGAGACUCCACCUCUUCCAUCGUUGCGUGGAGUGCGUUCUUCAGCUAGGUCAGCUGACAGGGCUGCUGCUAAAGAUGAUGCAUUGAAUGAAUUGAGAGCUAAACGAUUAAAACAGCAGGACCCAGAGGCUCAUCGCAAGUUGAGGGAUGCAUCUAGAGGAUCUGCUGGCAGCAGGGGCUUUGCACAAGUCAAGAAGAAUAAUUUCACUUCAGCACGUCUGAGUAGCUCUAGCAGUGAGAGUGAGAGUGGAAGUAGGUCUCACAGUGAGGAUGAAGGGUCAACAGGUGAUGGUGGAAUGGCAGAUAGUGAUGAGGAUGGGGAUCCUGGGUCCCAGGGGCCAACUUAUGAAGAUAUAAAAGAAAUUACAAUUCGGAGAACAAAACUUGCAAAAUGGUUUAUGGAGCCUUGGUUUGAAGAAUUGAUUAUUGGUUGUUUUGUGAGGGUAGGGAUUGGUAGGUCGAAGACUGGGCCUGUGUACAGGCUCUGCAUGGUCCGGAAUGUUGAUGCUGCAGAACCUGACAAGCCAUACAAACUGGAGAAUAAGUCAACUUUUAAGUAUUUGAAUGUUACUUGGGGUGCUGAUAGCUCUGCUGCCAGGUGGCAGAUGGCUAUGGUGUCAGAUUCUGCACCAACUGAGGAAGAGUAUAAACAGUGGGUUAGAGAAGCGGAGCGUGGUGGUGGCCGUUUACCAAGCAAACAAGAUAUCUUGGAAAAGAAGGAAGCCAUACGUAAGUCGAACACUUUUGUGUACUCAGCAGCCACUGUGAAGCAGAUGCUGCAGGAGAAAAAAUCUGCAUCAUCGAGACCAUUGAAUGUUGCUGCUGAGAAGGACAGGUUGAGGAGGGAGCUGGAAAUUGCACAAAGUAAGCAUGACGAGGCAGAGGUUGAGAGGAUAGAGGCAAGGAUUCUGGAACUGGAGGCAUCUCGGCAGGCUAAGGUGAAAGAUGCCAAGGCUAUUAGGCUGGCAGAAAUGAAUAGAAAGAACAGAGUUGAGAACUUCAGAAAUGCAUCAGAAUUGAAGCCUAUAAAUACAGGUCUAAAAGCCGGAGAAGCUGGGUACGACCCAUUUUCAAGGAGAUGGACAAGGUCAAGGAAUUAUUAUGUUUCAAACCCUGCUGGAGGAGCUGAUGCUGCUGCUGCAUCAAAUAGUGAGGCAAAUGACACAGCGGCAGUUGCAGAUAGUCAUCAUGUAGUAGCAGGGGCAAUGUCGGUGUCUGGUGUUGCUGCUACAGCAGCUGCUUUGGAUGCGGCAGCUGAUGCUGGGAAGUUAGUGGAUACCAGUGCUCCUGUGGAUCAAGGCACUGAGUCAAAUACAAUGCAUAACUUUGAGCUUGAAAUCUCACUGAUUGCACUGCAGAAGUUUCGUGGACCUCAGGGUGCCCAUGCAGGGUUCAUGGCUAGGAAACAGAGGAUAGAAGCAACUGUUGGAUGCCAAGUCCGUGAGAAUGAUGGGAGAAGACAUGCUUUGACCUUGACGGUUGGUGACUACAAGAGAAGAAGAGGGCUUCUCUGAAAUGCAAUGAUCCACCAAACAGCAUCUAUUUUAAUGAUUCUGAUAACAACAUCAUGUUCGCGGUCUACAAUAAAUCUGAUGAGUUAUGAUUAUGCUGUUAUUGAGUACAUUAAUGCAAGUGGUUUAAACUGUGAGACCACUGUAUAGAUUAAAUCGAUUUCAGUACUGACGUUUGGCGUUGUGUUACGUGCUUUUGAUGGCGCUAAUGCAAUAUUUUCUGAAUGGUAUUGUUUGAGAUGCCAAGAUUAAUGUAUUUCGGAUUUUGUGGAGAGA